UUUUUUUCUUUGUCAUAUGGCGGUGCCUGAGUGACAAAUCAGGUUGAACAGACUAAAGUGUCAUUUUCGAUGACUGGGUAGAAUAUGCGGAGGUCAAUUAAAAAAACUUUAGUACGCGCGCGCGUGCGAGAGAGAGAGAGACGUAGAGAACCGAGAGCCUUUUGAUACUGUCGCCUGUACUGUACAUUCGCAAACGUAACAUUUUUGUGCGAUCUUAAAAGAUUUCCACAUUGUCAAAGGUCCUCUGCACUAAGUUAAAGGGUAAAUUUGAAACAUGCAGCAUCUGCACUUUUGGAUCUAUCUCAUAGGUAUUGCAACUGGCGCUAUCUUCCAGAUUAUCCAGUCCCCAACGUUUCUGCAGCUUUAUGUCGGAGACACCGCGGUUAUUCAUUGCAGUCUCUUAGGUUGCGCAGUCAGACGUUAUUUCUGGAAUAAAACUACAGAAUGCGAAAAUAGGACACAUGACCUUUUUAAUAGUAGCCGGAUAUCGAUUUCUGUGUCCGGCACUAUUAGGGUUGAAAACGUGACGGGUUCUGACAGUGGGCUGUAUUACUGCCGAGUGAUCCACAGGUGCUUGAAGCAGAGCCCUGGAACAAUCCGUGGUAACGGGACUCGUUUAAUGGUCAUGGACAUCCCCAGUCUGCACCUCCAGUUCAAUUUAUCUUCUAACAAUCCUGAAGACCUAAUCCUGACCUGCAGUGCUGUGGGUUUCUACUCUUCCGAUUUCACACUGUCCUGGCAUCAUUCUCUCCCUGAGGUGCUCUAUGCCACCCAGCAGGAUGCACGCCCAGCCCUUCAGGUUGGCACAUACAACCGAAGCUCCACUCUGUUGGUCACCAAGACACUGUGGGCACCGGGGACUGAGAUUGGGUGUGAAGCAAAUCAUACAUCAUUGAGAAGACCUCUGAAGAAGUACAUUAGGAGUCCAUUAGAGAAAAGUGAGGUUGCACAUUGCUACGAUUCAGCUACAUGCAAAUUAUAAUUUCAGUUUAUUUUUAUAAUGUGUUUUUAUAGUGUAAAAUACUUGAUGAUGGAACAUGCAU